UAUCGAGGUACCGGUCCUUCCCGUAUCAUAUUCGAAAUCGUACCACGAGAGAAAACAACCGGAGGUGCAGCGAGAAUAACAUACGGCAACGAGUUCGAACGAUGUCAUACACAACGAACUCUGCGUUGUUGAACCUCCUUGUGCUUCUAUCGCCAUGGUCGUUUGCUUCAUUUGUCGCGGAGGCGUCUUCGGCGGCAGCCGCCAACGGUGUUAAGUCCCCAUUUAAAAUUGUAAGUAGAUUCCUCGUUGAGGUGUUGCACCGCAGAUGGCUCUCCUUCUUUUCCUACUUUCGCGGAAAUCGGAAUGAGGCUGUUUCUAAUUCCGACUAUGUUUCAUUUUUCCUUUUUGCUGUCACGUGCUAUAAUGGGGCCUUGUGCAGAUUUUCGAUGGAGGUUCGACGGGAUCGCGUCUCCACAUUUUUGAAUUCUUAGAAGCAGAUGCCAAUGGUGCUCAAGGAAGCGACCGCAGCAACGAUGAUGCGACGACACGGCUACCAGCAUCCGAUACCGAAAGGGACGUUCAGUGUGUCCGUCGUGGAUCGACGCGGGCCAAUAUUCCGCUCUCGGCAUUUGGUCGGUUGCCUGCCGAUCAAAAUAAUAACAAUCCGCUCAAUUCUUCAAAGGUUGCCGCCCAUUUGCUUCCACUUUUCGAUUUUGCGGCAGACAUUAUCCCAUCCCAAUAUCACGAGACAACGGGUGUCUAUUACCAGGCGACAGCCGGGAUGAGGUUGCUUGCGGAAUCGGAGCAAGAAGCUGUGUACGACGCUGUAUAUGAGGGCCUCAUGGCGGAGGAAUCAUUUGUCUUUCGUGGUAUGCAACGGAAAGACAUCGCGACACUGAGUGGGGAAAUGGAAGCCUACUACGGGGCAUUAGCGGCUAAUUUUUUGAAGGGGAUUAUUGAUACAGAACUCCAUUUAGUUUAUGCUCAGAACAAUGGCAGAGAAACGAACGAACUCCCCCAUCACCCUAUUGGCGCCUUGGAUAUGGGAGGAAGCUCGACACAAAUUGUAUACAUCGCCAACCAAGAUGAUGAAGACGACGAAACAGAAAGGGAUCCAUCGAAUACAUGUCCGAUUAAACAACAACCAAAAUUGAAUGACAGCGAAAACAAAAAUGUCUGCAAGCUAAGCGACGAACAUUUCUUUUCCACUUCCUAUUUGUCGUACGGGGUCGAUCAAAUUAGGAAGCGGUUAUGGGAUACGCUGGUACUUGAGUAUGUUGCAUCGGAUGACGCAUACAUGGUUCCCAAUCCCUGCGCAAAUAAGGGGUUCGAAGUGGAGCACAAAGGCCACACCUUGCUUGGAACGGGAAACACGGACGAAUGUAUUCGGCAAAUGAAACGGCUGAUUCCGCAUCCCGAUGUACUUCACGACUGGGAUUCGGACUAUUCUGGAUGGGCCGUGGGCGGCGUCGAGCAUCCUCCCAUCCGAGGAAAGUUCCUCGCCAUGUCUCUCUACUUUUUUUCCUUGGACAGCCUCCGGGUGUUUUCGGAACCGGAUGAAGAGGCACAUUAUGCGCUCGACGAAGCGUGGCCGACUCCAAGUAUUGAUGAACUGCAAAACGCCUUGGACGGUCUCUGCUCUAGGAAUUGGCAAGGUGACAUGGAACUCCAAGAAGGAACUCAUUCUUUCACGCGAAAGGAGGUUCUGCCGCAUCGAUGUCUGGAAACCGUUUAUAUGGUAACUUUGCUGAAGGAUGGAUUUGGAUUCCAUCCUUCUUCAAGGGAUAUUACUUUCACGUUCCUCGUUGAUGGGGACGAAGUCGAAUGGACACUUGGAUUGGCCCUAGCUAUGAAUGCCAACGAGAAGAGUUCAACUCCUCCAACAACUGUCACAACAACAACAACUGCUUACGAUUACAGCAUCGACGACACCAAUGAAGAUGUAAAGGAUGAUGGAUGCAACGAAACGGGGAAUGACGUGUUUGAGGAAGAACAACAAUAUCACAUGCAAGGCAUGCCAAACUCGCAAUACUUCGCCGUCGCAAUGCCUCCAACACACUGCUGCUGAAGCUGGAAAAACAUAUAGACUACUAGCUGUACAAAUACAUUGAAUUUUUGGGUGUUAUAUAAUGAUAAUUUUAUGUUUGAAAUAUUCUACAAAGCUGCUUAUAAACUAUGUGCUGCUUG